AAUUUGGACGGACUCUAAUUUCUCUUAUCUGCAGUAGCCUCAUAAAUACCCAUUCCUUGCAUAUCUAAUUUCCAUCAGAUAUUGUCUUACAAACUUGAUGUGCAAGAGUUUUUAAGUUGAGAAAUGCAAAUGGCACUUUCAUCUGUUCCUGAGGAAAUCAGCAGAAUGUUUUAUAGCUUGGACGAAAAUGGUGAUGGCAGGUUGUCUGGCCAUGAAAUAAGUUGCUUCCUCAACAAGCUUGGAAUAAGUCUGUCAGAACGAGAAUUGAAGUGUUUGGGAAUGAGCACCUCCCAGAACGAAAAUGGCAGCUUAAGUUUUGAUGAAUUUGUUGUGCUUUACCAAUCUGUUAUGGGCGAGAGCAGCAAAAGUAUCAGUAAUAAAGAGUUGGAGGAUGAGUUGAAGGAGGCAUUCAAGAUUUAUGACACUAAUGAAGAUGGGUAUAUAUCUUGUGCGGAGCUUCAACAAGUUUUGUGUAGAUUGGGAUUAAUGGAGAAGGGCAGUCAUUGUGUGGAAGAGUGCCAAAAAAUGAUAUGCAGAUAUGAUUCAAACUCGGACGGCCUCAUAGACUUCUCUGAAUUUAAAAGCAUGAUGACUAAGAUGACAUCUACUUCUGCCUAGCCUUCAUGUAGUUUCAUUGCUCUGAGGUUGAUUAGGAUUUCAACAAUAUUCUUGUAUAUAUUUUAAAAUUUCAACUUUUGUUGGCUCAGAUGCUCCUUUGAGCUAUAUUUGUAGACUGUCUAAAAAAUGUUAGAAAACAUGACUUCUUAAUAAGACCAAGCUUUGUGUUGCAGUU